AUCUGCUUGAAAAGACAAAGGCCAAAUGGCCAAGUUGUUUCGAAGGAGCAAAAUGGCGGAGUAGGAGAGAAUUCUUCUGAAGCUCAAUUGAUUGAAGACUUUAAGGAGCACGGGGAGAUUGAUAUUGAAGUGACAAAUCAAUCUUGUAAGUCAAAGAAAACUAAGAAAAAGAGAAAGAAGGAAGCACAUUUUGUAAAGGAGGUUUUGACCUCACCAGCAAAUGGAGGGACUGACCAAGAUGAGACGUAUACUAUUUCUUCUGGAGAUGAGGAUUGCUCAAAAGGAAUGAAAAAAUGGAUCAUGGAAUACCAUCAAAGUAGGCCCGGCUUGAAGGCAUUGGAAGAUCAAAUUGAUGACUUUAUAACUGCCCAUGAAGAAAAACUAGAAGAGGAAAGAAAAGAAAGAGAAGCUCGUGCUGCAGAAGGGGGAUGGACAGUUGUUGUACACCAUAAAGGUAGGAAGAAAACUACUGACUCUGAAAGUGGAAUUGUUGUGGGUUCUGUUGCGCAAGCUGCUGUGGAGCAAAAAGCUGCCAAGAAAAAGAAUAAAGAAGUAUCGCAAAAUUUCUACCGUUUUCAGAAAAAAGAGGCCCAGAGAAAUGAAAUCAUGAUGUUGCAAAGCAAAUUCGAAGAGGACAAAAAACGGAUGCAGCAGUUGAGAGCUGCAAGGAAAUUUAGACCAUAUUAAACGUUUUCUUAUCCUUACAAGGCCUGGAUAUGAAUAAGAAUAAUCCUAUGCAGCUCACGUACUCUAAGAUAGGAAUGGCUCGCAUUCCAUUCUAAUUUUGUCAUGAUUAUUAUAGUUAUCAGUUUAGUGUAGGUCAUAGCUCUUGUAAUUUAAAUUAUAUGAUUUUUUUUUUUAAAUUGGGGAAACUAUCUCUUGCCUUUGUGAAUGUUUUAGUUUAGUUGAAGCGCAGAGCAUUUGGUUAGCUAUUAAA